ACUCCUCCGUCCAAUGUUAAUGUGCUCGCUACGCGUCCCAAAGAACCAUCAAGAGUUUGAGAACUUUCUGCAAGUCGCAUCGAGAUUCAUCAGGUGCUAGAUCAAGCCGCGGAGAAUGUUUUCAGAAGGACGGUAACAAAAUUACAGGACAAGACAAAGAAAUCACUGCGCGGCGCAUUGUUUCAUCUUGCGGAAGCGACAAAAAAUUGAAACUUUGGACGAGGACAGCAGCGGAAGGAAGAGGCUGCAGCCUGCGGAUUUGUUUGUGGAUCAGCACGGAUGGAGGAGACGGGAAGAGAUGGGAAAAGAUCAGUCUGCAUUUGUCUGCGAGCGGGGGAUUACACGUUAGCAUGAGAAAAGGUACUUUUUUGGAGGUGUUUUGGUUCUGGGACCAGUCGCUUACUCCUCCUCCUCUUGGCAUCGAACCCUCCGCUAUGGGGAGUGCGAUGAUGCCGAUUGGAAGGUAGUGGAAAGGAGCGAGCUCUUUUCUUCGUCUCUGCGAUCUCUGGUUCGGUGGUUUGGCGGAAAGUGGAAUGAGGCGGGUGACGAGAACGGGCUCGCCGGAGGUAGUGAAGGUGAGCGAAGAAUCGCCGGAGUCCAGCUUCCGCGAGCUCGACGAUGUGUUCUUGCAGACUCAAACAAGAAUAUGGCUCGGAGAAGUUCUGCAAUUUAGAAUCGAUGAGGAGAUGCCUAUUGCUGAUUUGCUUGCUGAUGGGGAGUUGCUGUAUGUUUAGCCUAUCUUCUUCAUGUUAAUUCUUCCAAGUGUCCAAAGUUGUUUGGAAGAGGCUCUUGAAGAAUCAUGCUGAGCUAAGAAACUCGAAAUUAUUUAUAUAUGAACACACAUCAUUUGCUAGGAGGAAUAGCCGAUAUAUGCCAUAUCCCAAAGUCGAUUCGUUUUUGAAGAUCUGCCAAAUCCUUGGGUUAACUGGAAUUGAUUUGUUCUCACCAUCUGAUGUUGUUGAGAAAAGGGACAUUCGCAGAGUGAGUAUGUGUGUUCGUUCUUUCUCAAAGAAAGCUCGAUUGAAAGGCUUAAGCGUUCCAGAUUUUGACAUAGUCACAUACACAAUAGUCAUGCCAACUGAUCUAGUUGGUGGUAUCUGCAGAAGUUUGGAGCAGUCAAGAUGCAGCUCAUCAAGCUCCAGUAGCUACGGCAUGAACUUUAGAAGGUUAUAUAGAAAGAAAGGUUUUGAGGGUGGUUAUGAAUCUGAUGAAGCAGAAAGCAGUUAUAAUGAAUUAGAAUUUGAAAGUCCCUCGUUGCAUGUUUCAUUUCCUGCUGCAUGCAUGCUCGAUCUAGACCCAGAAGAUUAUCCCCAAAGAAGGUCAGUUGAGGAUGAGUUCUUUAAAGUGCACGACUACUUUGAAUUGGAAGAUCAAACACACAACGAAGAUAGUCACAAGAACAAUCAACACGAGAAAAACAUAUUACUUGAAUCUACUGAUUCCACAUUUGGAGGCAUUAUACAAAGUGAUAGUAGCAAGAGUAGUUUCUCAUCUCAUGAAAAAUCUCCACAGGAAGUACAAGCUCGAUUGGAAGAUCGAUACCAAACUUUUAAUGUUUCUAUCCCCAAAACUUGCUUAACAGAACUGCCAACCUUUGAUUCUCUUAUAGAUACUGUUCCUGCGAAUGGACAUAUUAAGGAGACAUUUGCAGAUAUGGCUGUUGAAAAUCUGAGCAGCAUAAUUGAGAAACAUGAUGAUAUGGUAUAUGAAAGGUGGCUUCGACAUGAAGACCACCAGAAUGGCAUUCCUAUUUGUAUUCUUCAAUUCGAUGAUGAUUCAAAGACUAGUUGUUGCAGUUCUGCUGAUGGAUGCACAUCACCAGAAGGUUCUGUUGUGGAUGAGAGCAUUCCAAGUACUUUGUGUGAAACCUCCUAUCAAACAAGGAGUGAUAUUGCAAGGAGAAAUUGUGUUAGCACCCACGAUCUUUACUGUGGAAAUGUGCAUGGCAGUUUAGAAACCGGAGAAGGUGAAGGGAUUAGCGACUCUAAAGUUGUCUGUGAUCAUUGCUCUAGAGGUCUAGUUAGUAUGGAAUUUAUGGGCAUCUAUCAUGCGAAUGAAGUGACAUCGGACUGGAGCUACAUCUCUGGAAGUCAUCUUGCUUCUGAAUCUGCUGAUCAUAUCAAUAAUUUCCUUCCCUGUGUUCUUGCAGAAUCUGGCGAUGACUCUUUCUGCGACUGGACAAACUUAUCAUGCUCGAAAACUGGAAUUCUGAAAGAACUGAAAGGACGUAUGUCUGCUGAGGAAAACUUGGAGAUUGAAGAUGGAGUUCAUUUCAUUAAGGAUGUUGUCACAAUAAGGAAGCUCCCAGAUCCAGAUGAUACAAAAGAAAGAGAGAAGAUUAUGGAAGGCUACAAAAAGAAUUUAGCAUCAACAUCAACGACAAGUGAGGUUAAGGUGGGGAACACAGGGAAAAGGGUACUGAAAUCCCUUGCAGGCAGUGUUACAUUGAUCGGUGCACUGCUUGUCUUUCUUCAUCUGAGGAGAAAGAGGGAAAGAGAGAGAAGUAGCCACACUGUGUUGCCUCUACCAGCUCAUGAAACAUAUCAGGAAGUAUACACAAACAAGAAAGUGGAGAUUAACAACUAUGACAAAAGAUACCCUGGGGAGAGGCUUAAGCUUUAAGGGCAGAAUAAAUCGAACGCCUUUUUUUCUUCGACAUUACAUGUAAAUUACAUUGAGAAAGUACUAAAUAUAGAAGCUUUGAAGAUAAAUGCCCUACAAUCUUGCUGUAGUAACCUCUUGUCCUAACAUCUCUGAAUACAUCUAAUGUUUAAGAUUAGACAAUCUGAAUAAAUUAUGACAUCUGAUGUUCCUUUUGUAGCUGA